AGAAGAUAAGAUCACCUGUAGUGCGUGCAACAUUGUUAAUUAGCCGUAGCAUCAUGUUCUUAUCCAUACGACCGAUCGACCGCGACGACACGCUUGAUGCAAACCGUGGUACAUCCAAGCCGUGCGGUUGCACCGAUGCGCACGCCUCCAAGGCAAAGCUAGCUCAUCAGGGCAGCAAUGGAACCGCCGGCCGGCGACGGCGACGGCGACGCGCAGGACCGGCAGCGACGGGACGACGGAGACGCCCCCGCGGCCGCGGCGCCGGUCGUGUCGCUGCGGCCGCUGGGCCUGGCGGACGCGGACGCCUUCAUGGCGUGGGCGUCGGACGACCGCGUGAUGCGGUUCCUGAAGCGGCCGCUCUGCGCCACCCGGGAGCAGGCGGUGGCGCAGAUCCGGGACACCGUGCUGGGCCACCCGUGGUUCCGCGUCGUCUGCGUCGGCGGCCGCCCCGUGGGGCAGGUCUCCGUGUGGCCGUACGCCGACGAGGGCGGCCGCAGGGCCAACCUCGGCUACGCCCUGGCGCGGGACCACUGGGGCCGGGGCAUCGCCGCCGCCGCCAUCAGGAUGGUGGUGGGGAGGGUGUUCGACGACCUGCCGGGGCUGGAGCGGCUGGAGGCGGUGACGGACGUGGAGAACGUGCGGUCGCCGCGGGUGCUGGAGAAGGCCGGCUUCCAGAGGGAGGGGGUGCUCCGCAGGUACAUCGCCGGACGCGGCGGCGGCCAGGCCAGGGACGCCGUGAUCUACAGCUUCCUGUCGUCCGACCGACCGCCUGUGAGGCCGUGACUCGCAAUGGUCGCAGUGGCUCGAGUUCAGAAGAAUUCCCUGUUACAAGAGAGCCAGAAUGGUAGUGUACUGAUGUUGUGACUUGUGAAAAAGGAGGGAAACAGUGCACGCAUCUUGAAUCCAACAUUGUAACGCAAUUAGAAAUAUCUGUUUUCUUCCAUCAAGUCCCAAUUUGCAUUUUCUAAAUAAAAAAAGAGCACUGUA